AUGAUCUUGUUCGGAGACAUCAUUGACAGCACGCUCUGUGUGGCCCUGAACUUCAGCACCAUGGCUGCGGCUGCCAUCGGGAACACGCUGAGCGACGGGGCUGGGAUCUGGUCCGGCCAGUGGCUGGAAGCCAGAGCCAAGUCACUGGGCUUCGAGGAGCCCAAGCUGAGUGAGCAGCAGGAGGAAAUGGGCGUAACCGUGCGCUGGCGCAACAUAGGCCAGUUCGUGGGCAUCACGGUCGGCUGCAUCCUCGGCUGCUGUCCUCUCCUGUGGAUGGACCCUGAGGCGGCUGUGCGGCAGCGACGGGAGAAGGAGCGGGAGGAGGCCUUCGCGAUCGUGGUCAGCAAGGUGCAGGAAGUUCUUCAGGCUGAGGCCGUGUCCUUGCUCCUUCUCAACAAAGAACGUGAUGAGCUCAUCGCAUCGCACCACACGCCCAACCUUCCAGAGCACUUCCACUGGAAGGUUGACGAAGGAUUCAUAGGGCAUGUGGUCAGCACGGGCAACCUCGUCAACGUGGCAGACAUCAAGGAUGAAGCGCAGUACAAGCCUGAAAUCCACGACAAUUUCUUGAACACUGGCAUCGCUGUGCAAAGCAUUCUUUGCAUGCCCAUCUUCAAGGGCGGCGAAGUCCACGGCGUCGUGUCAGUUGUCAAUAAGAAAAGCAACCAUGGCGCCUUUACACAGAAGGAUGAAGACCUCCUGUCAGCGAUCUGUUCCCAUGUGUCCGUGGCUCUCAUCAACGACAAGCAGACCUUUAAGGAGGUCAUCGAGCAGUGCGAGAAGUCCAUGCAAACAACAGGUUCGCCUGAGUUCACCUCGGCUGCCUCACAGCGCAUGGCAACGCUCUUCGUCCCGGCGCUGGAGGGCAUCCGGACGGUCCUUGGGGCCGAGGCCACCGUGCUGAUGCUGCUGGAUCGGCAGUCACAAGAGCUCUUCUCUGAGGUUAUAGAUGGACCGCUGCUGCACCACACAACGCCAGUGGGCACUGGUGCAGCGGGAGAGGCUGUCCAAGUUGGCCACGUCAUGAACUUGCCUGCUGGCUCCGGCGACGCAGCAUCAGGCUCCGAACUGGUGGUGCCGCUCUUCGACACCUCGAGGAAAUGCCUAGGGGCCAUCCGAUGCGUCAACAAGCAGGGCAGUACGACCUUCACCAGCGAGGAUGUGGAAUUCGUGACUCAGGUCGCGCACUACAUUGGCAUGAUGCUGGAGGGCCCAGAUGCCGGGCUACGGAGGGUGCUGGCCUCCACACGGCAGAAGAUGCAGUCCAAGGCUCUGAUGCAGGCUGCCUACGCAAAGGGUGCAGUAAUGUGCAACUUGGUCAAGGCGACCAACUUGCCGAGUGCGUCCAAGCGGAAAGUAAUCGACCCCUACGUCACCUUCAGCAUCGUGCGCGGAAACCCGCUGCAGCAAGAGCCGGGGGUUGAGCAAAGGGUCAUGCGAAUCCGGAACAAGGACAGACAGGCAGCCAUCCGCAGAUUUGCCAAGUCCGGCACAAUUCUGGAGGACCCGAACCCCUACUGGAACGAGUCGAUUGCACUUGCCUUUCCCAAGAAGUUUGAAGGUGUGCCAGAAGAGGAGUUGUGGGUCCACGUCCUACUUUGGGACUACGACUCGCUGAGAAGCGAUGACCUUGUGGCCCAUGCAGCCUUCUCGCUGUCGGAGAUACGUUCUGGCAAGCUCAAGGAGGUGAACGCGCACGGCCUCCAGUCUCUUCCCGGCCAGGAUGCCAAGGCGAUGGGGCAGCUGAAGGGGUCCGCCACCCUCUGGGUCUCCUUUGAUCCUUGA